AUGAACAAUCUGAAUUUCAAUUUCGUUUUCCACGUCCGAGAUGGUGAAGACGGAGAACUCAGAGAGGUUGGAAAUGUUCAAGGUGUUUUGAAUGGAGCGGGAUUGUAAGUUAGGCUAAAUAUGUAGAUUUUUAGAUACCUGAGAUUAUUACAGGGCUGAUGUUCAACCCGGCGAAUUUGCCGUUCUUCAUCGAGCUGAUCGAGGUGACAAUCAGUGAGUUGAAAAUUGAAAUUAUGUAGAUUUUUUUUAAAUUUCAAAAUUAUGUUUCAGAAAUGGUGGUGGCUUCGAUAUCAUCAAUCCAGUUGGUGCAGUCAAUGGACAACAAGAUGGCGCGGUUCAAGAUCUUAGACUUCCGCUUUUGUGAGUUUUUUUGAAAUUUUGGGCUCCACAGGUUGGGUGAAAAGGUUCCAAUAGGCUAUUUUUCAUCCUGUCAGGAUUUACCGGGCCUUUUCAAAGUUAAAAAAAUGUUAGGAUAAGAAUUGCUCCUCAAACUUGAUUUUCUGUAUGUUAAAUUUUAAUUUGUGCGUGUUAUAAAAAUUGAAAUUCUUGAGGAACACCUUUACCUUAUUCAUAUUGCAUAAUUUUGUUUGGAAGAAACACUUAGCCUUCAAGUUCCUGUAACUCUCAAUCUCAUAAAGCCAAACCCAAAAGAAUUUUUCAGCCAUCCCCAAAUCGGAGAACAAAUCGGUCAUCGUGUCGUCCUGAACAUGUUGCAAAACAACGGAGUUCAUAACGUUGGACCAUACCCUCUCUACCCUUUCCAACGCACAUAUAUGAUAGAAUUUGCAAAUGGUGGUAUGCAUGGAUUUCCAGAUAUUAUUGAAAUCGAUCCGUUUGGGGCUGAAGAUCCAAUUUUUCUGUGAGUUUAGCUUCAUCAAUCAAUAAUUAUGUAUAAAAUAAAUUAUUCCAGGUACGGCCCAUUUUUGGAGAGACUUAUUAGACGCGAUCCAGGCGCAGCAGGGCCGCAAGGAGUUAUUCGUGGACCACAAAGAGCAAAUGGGUAAGUUUUAAAUAUCUAAAGACCAGGACCACCCACGAUGAUUUUUUGUAGAGCUCCAGCUCGCGCUGCUCAAGCAGCCCCUGCUGGUGCUGCUCGUGGUCGUCCAAAUCGUCGCAACCAACGAGCUGGACCAAACGUCGUCAACAAUGGUGGACGUCUUGGAUUUAAUGCGGCAAGAUUGAGAAAUUUUCAAAGAUAUGAUCCACGAGACAACUUUCCGUUCCCAUAUCAUCUUCAUCACUUGUUCCAAAGAAUGGAUUGUCAAGGGGAUGAAUAUAGAUUUGGACCGAUGGGAGAGAUCAGAUGCUUGGUGAGUUGUUGUUGUGAAGAAAAUCAAUCGAUACUAGACUUUUGCGACAUAUUUCUAGUGAUGGAAAAAAUAUUGAUUUUUAUUUCAGGAUCCAAUUCCAUGCAUCAGAUGCCAAAUUCUCAGCCAAUAG